UGCGUUCUUGGUUUUUCAUCCGCUCCUUUCUGUGUCAAAGAUCUGACUCGAGCGUGAUUUUUGCUGCUGCGUUUUUGAUUCUUUUUGCUCAGUGGCUUUUGGAUUUUUUUCCUAAGAGGUAACUGCCGCGACACUCGAAAACAAGUGAAACAACUUACAACGGUUUACUCCAACUUCGCAAGAACAGUCUACAAGUCUGCGCUACAACUUUGCAGCACAUCAACUUUUCUUUCGAGUUUUCUCUCGAAGCAAACACGUUUUUGUCGCUCUCACGACAAAACAAAGCAUCAAGAUGGACGCCGCUCCCGCUGCCCCAGCUGCUCCGGCUAUGAAGUCGAGCAUGAAGAAAUCCAGCAUGAAAAAGUCGAGCAUGAAAAAGGCCAUGAAGAGCUCCAUGAAGAAAAUGGCCAGCUCCAUGAAGAAGAUGUCCUCCAUGAAGAAGGCCGCCCCCGUCAUGAAGAAGUCCAGCAUGAAGAAGACGGUAAGUCGCAAAACAUUUUCCUUUUUUGAAGACGGUCCAUCAGUACGAUAUAACUCCUGUCUACUACUUGUGACGGAAAAUUACAAAGUACAUUGAAUCUUCCGACAUGAUGAUCCAAGCAUGUCUACUCAGUGGCAAUGUUAUUGUUGCAGGAUGUGUUUGGUUUUGCUCUUGGCAUGUUUGAUGCGCAAGUAUUGUCAAAAAAGCUGUGUCUUUUUGAAAUCACAGGUCAUGAAGGCUUCUUCUAUGAAGAAGAAGUAAGCGGGUGGGCGUCACGGUCACAACAGUCGAUGUGAACCUCCUGGGGUUGACGAAGAAGUCACGCGAGUUGCUGCCCCACGAUGUCUACCCGAUGGUCGUCCGCUCUAAAGACUGCGCAGGUGCUUUCCCGUUGUGAUUCUAGGUGAUCGACGAUUUGUGUAUAUUCUCUGUGACGAUUUUACAUUGCAAAAUAUAUUCUCUGUGACGAGGAGAAGGAGUAGGAAUCGGAAUGCCGUUGUCUUCGUCUGUCUGUGACACUAGCACACAUCAUUGCGUACGUGGUUAAAUGAUUCGCGAAAAAUAAAAUUCCACCAGGUGCCGAGUUCUCUCUCCGGCAUGUGAUUCGCGCCGAGUCGCGUGGUGCACUUGAUGCAGAGGGUUUUUGAACCAGAUUCCGUGACCGAGAACAUGUGGACGAGCAGUUACUUGACGGUUGAUGCAGCGGGGCGAUGCGAGCGUGAUCUCUGGAUGAUGUCUAGAACUUUUUGGUGAUGAUACACCUGUAUUGCCAUUCGUGGUAUUUUGGUUUUCAUUGAGGUACUUGUGCCACUAGCAACUCCUUACCUACUGUAUACAACCGAUUUUUGCUCCGCUAGGUACGAGAAUUUUACCUUUUGAUUUCACAAUGAACAUGAUGUCACUUUCCUGCUACCUCCUGUUUGAAUGAAACAAUUGCUACUUCAUCACUGUAAGUGCGGCUUCGCCGUUGUAAGUACCGUUGACUUUUCACCAGUUGCCGAAACGCAAAGCACAGUGUAGAUUUGCCUUUCUUGAAUGCAUUCUGCUUGCGGAAUACUUUUCAGAUUGAAGUCGAACUUGUGCCCACCAUUUCGUGACGACUGCAAAAACUCUGCUUGGUAAUGUAUUUUUGCGAAGAAUGAAUUGAAUUACGAAUGCCUUCUAGACGAGAACAGGGCGCCGCCGGAGCGUCUUUUGUGACAUCGGGCUUCUUUCCAUGGGUGGAUGUGGUAGCUCUGCAUGGCGUCAGUGUGAUGCUCAAGUGCCUCCGUGCUUCAAAUCCUCGGCGCAUCUGCACCUCGAUGGCGUCAUGGUCAAAC